AAAAAGUUAUUUACUCGCCUAAUAAAAGCCUACAAUUCCAUUUGCAAAAAUCAAAAUCAUCUCUCUCUCUCUCUCUACUCUCUACAAUGGCCUUCUUGACCACCAUUGCCAGGGCCAAACCAUUCGCCCGUUUCCUCCGCUGCAUGAGCAACAUACCAGAGAGCACGGUCUACGGCGGUCCCAAGGCCCAGAGCCCCAACCAGAGAGUGACUCUGGCCACCCUCAGGCGGAAGCACAGGAGGCGCGAGCCCAUUACCGUCGUCACCGCCUACGACUAUCCCUCGGCGGUGCACCUCGACAUGGCCGGCAUCGACAUCUGCCUCGUCGGCGACUCCGCCGCCAUGGUCGUACACGGCCACGACACCACUCUCCCCAUCUCCCUCGAUGAAAUUCUCGUCCAUUGCCGCGCCGUCGCUCGCGGCGCCAAGACGCCGCUUCUCGUCGGCGACCUGCCGUUUGGCUCCUACGAGUCCAGCUCCAAUCAGCAGGCUGUUGAUACCGCAGUGAGGAUAUUAAAGGAGGGAGGAAUGGACGCAAUAAAAUUGGAAGGAGCGUCCCCCGCGAGAAUAAGCGCGGCGAAAGCUAUAGUAGAAUCGGGAAUUGCGGUGAUGGGGCAUGUAGGACUCACUCCGCAGGCCAUUAGUGUUCUCGGGGGAUUUAGGCCUCAAGGCAAGAAUGUUGUUAGUGCUGUAAAGGUUGUGGAAACUGCCCUGGCCUUGCAGGAUGCGGGCUGUUUUGCGGUGGUUUUAGAAUGUGUACCUGGACCUGUGGCAGCUGCAGCUACUUCUGCUCUUCGGAUUCCUACUAUUGGCAUUGGAGCCGGGCCUUUCUGCAGUGGCCAGGUGCUAGUUUAUCAUGAUCUGCUCGGAAUGCUACAACACCCGCAUCAUGCUAAAGUUACCCCAAAAUUCUGUAAGCAGUAUGCACAAGUCGGAGAUGUAGUAAACAAAGCUCUAUUAGAGUAUAAGAAAGAAGUGACCAAUGGUUCAUUUCCUGGCCCAGCGCACACCCCAUAUGAAAUCAGUCCCUCCGAUGUCGGUGAUUUCUCAAAUGAGUUGCAAAAAUUGGGUUUGGGCAAGGCAGCGUCUGCAGCAGCAGAAGCAGCUGAGAAGAAUAAUAAAUCUGAAGGAGGCAGCCCAACAAGUGACUGAAAAUGGGAUAGCUCAUAAGGUCAUUGUUCCAGCAACGUCCAAUGUUGUUAUGGUCGCUACCAAAAUUGGAAAUUGCUCCGGCUUUUUAAGACUAGGCUCCUCAGUUUUGCAUAGCCAAUACAAUGGUUUCAAAUGAAAGUCUCUAAAAUUUUGUCAUUCUGAUGAAAUGUAUUAGGCCCUCCUCCCUUGGUCAUUUUGUUUUCAUAACAGAGAAGAGAGUUUCUAAAGUAUGUAGCUCAAGUUCAUUCUAAAGCUUAAAUAAAAGUUGUUCUUGCAUAUAGUUCAUCUCGAAUUGCUAAUGGCUCCAGAGAUGGAUGCUUAAAGCCAAAACUAGGCGGAGUCUGAUAGUCUCUGUGAAUUUAUGUAAAAUCCAUUUGUAUAACUCAGCAAGAGUUUUCU